UAUAGAUAGACCUUUUCUUUUGAUCCCUGACAGGUUUCAAGGCGCAUGUCUCGGUGAGUGAUAUACCCCGCGGCCUUGGGGGGGGGGGUACCCUCGGCCAUCAACACGACUUGAAACAGGCCACGCAGUUAUCAGAGGGUCUAAACAAUCCUCACAACCCUAGUAAUUCCAUCCAAAAACAAACAAACUCACAAGAAUGUCGCCUUCCCAGGAGAAGAGCCCCUUCGUUAUCCACAACGACCAGUUCCGCGCAAUCCUCGGGGAAGCGCCCACGCUGGAGCUUCUCGCCGAGAACUCAGCGUAUCCCUUCGCCCACGAAGCAGGCAUCUUUAUUCCUUCCUCAAACACCCUCUUCAUAACCAGCAACCUGCUCCAAAACGAAACAGGAACCCCCAAGAUCCAAAUCACCAAAGUCCACCUCGGCGACAGCCAUGGCGCCAGCUCAUCGCCACAGGUCAAAUGCGAAGAAAUCUCCAGCCCAAUCCCCAUGGCCAACGGCGGGGUCAACUACAAAGAUGGCAUCAUCGUCUGCGCACAGGGGUCCAUGGACACUCCGGGCGGUAUCUACUACAUGUCUCCUACGCCGCCUUACGCCACCUCCAUCCUGACGAAAGACUUCCACGGCCGUCCCUUUAACUCGGUGAAUGACGUCGUGGUCCACAGCGACGGGAGCAUCUGGUUUACCGAUCCCAUCUACGGGUUUGAACAGGGGUAUCGGCCGCGGCCACGGCUCCCGAGCCAGGUUUACCGGUUCAACCCCGCCACGGGGGAUAUCAGGGCCGUGGCGGAUGGCUUUGGGAGACCGAAUGGCAUCUGCUUCUCGCCGGAUGAGAAGACCGUGUACGUAACUGAUACAGACUGGAUUCAUGGGGAUGGGACUACCGAUGACUCGCGGGUAUCGUCUAUCUACGCAUUCGAUGUAGCGUACUACCAUGGGCAGCCAUUCGUGACCAACCGUCGCUUAUUCGCAAUGGCUGAUUCCGGAGUCCCAGACGGCAUCAAGUGCGACCUGGCCGGGAACGUGUACAGUGGCUGUGGAGAUGGAGUUCACGUUUGGUCUCCUGGCGGCGAACUGCUCGGGAGAAUCUUGAUCGAGGGUGGUGUAGCCAACUUUUGUUUCGGGGUCGAUGGGGAGAUGUUCCUUCUGAACGAGCAUCGGCUGUGGAAGGUAAAACUGACAGGAGAUGUCAAGGGGGCUCUUCUUGGGAUUUAGUCGGCACGCACGCACACACACAAUUUUACCUAAACACAGUGUUUUCACACAAGAUGCUUCUGUUCUGGGAAUUAGCUAGGAAUGGGGGGAGGAGAUACUUCAACUCAUCUCCUAGCGGGUUGACUGACGGGCGGGCCACUUGAACACACUUACAAGAGACAAGAGAUUCAGGCGAUGGCAUCAUAUAGUAGAAUAACAACAGUUGAUAUUAUAUGUGAAUUCUAUAUCCCCAGUCUACCGUCUACCGAUAUGGCUCUUUAAACACCAUCACGUUCUCUAUAUCCGUGCCAUCUACGCUCUCCUCGAUCUAGGCACGAAACAUCCCCCCCCCCCCCCC